GACUACGAGUACCCCAACCACCCACAGUCCACACAGCACCAAAAGAAUGACCGGUGUCCGCCGCCACCACAGAUGCUGCCAGAAAGGGCCUGUGAGGUGCCGGGCUGCCGCUCAGACUCUGAGUGCGAGCGCCAUAAACGCUGCUGCUACAAUGGCUGCAUCUACGCCUGCCUGGAGUCUGUUCAGCCGCCACCAGUGCUGGACUGGCUGGUGCAGCCCAAGCCUCGGUGGUUGGGGGGUAACGGCUGGCUGUUAGACGGCCCUGAGGAGGUGCUGCAGGCUGAGGCCUGCAGCACAACUGAAGAUGGAGAUGAGCCUCUUCACUGUCCUACAGGCUACGAGUGCCACAUCAUCAACCCAGGAAACCCUGCGGCUGGCAUCCCUAACCGGGGACAGUGCAUCAAGCAACGCGGUAACUCCGAUGGACGUGGUCUGAGGCACAAAUACUUUAAGGACUACAAGGACUACUUAGGUACCAGUUCUAACAAUGCAGUAGGCUAUGAAAAGCACCACAAGCACCUGGGAUGAAAUCAACCUGACCUCAGCCUCAGCUACGACCAUAACACAACCUCAGACAUCAGCUCCAGUCCUGUUCAAUCUGCUCUCAUCACACCUGAACCAGGAUCAGAUGUGACCUUUUUACCAGAUCUACAGCUGCUACCUCCUCUUUGCAAAGGCCCUUGCGUCCUUGUCCUCAGUCACGACGUCCUUUGGGAGACAAGUCUGACGUACAGAACACAGCCAAAGAAAUAAGUGCUUUUUUUGUCUCUCUGGUAUCUAUGAAAGGAAGAAGCAGAGGGUGUUGAUGGUGAAUCAGAGGAGAGGACCAAUGCUGUGUAAAAAGUCUCAAAAGGAAAAAAGGAACCCAUGCCAUUUUUUUUGUAAUUUCCUUCUCCCUCCCUACAACUUGUGUCCUCGCACACAAAGACACUCUCGAACCUUAAGGCUUGGUCAGCAGAGAAAAUUAAGACCAUAUGGCCCUAUUACUUCUUCUGCCUCCCUUGUUCUUAGGAGGACGGUGCUCAAAUUUCUUGAUCUGAAACCUGGAACAUUUUGUAGACAAAUAAUAAAAAUUCCAGCUGCAGGUGUUGCAUGUUGAAAUCAAAUCCAAAUGUGGUUUAAUAUUCUGGCAAAUAACUAUAAUUAAAAGAAAGAAUGCCAUGUGAGUGUGUGGAUUGUGCCCAUUUUAAAGGAGUUGGAACAGCUGUAGAUUAGUUGCAGCAAACAGAUGCUAACGAAGACUAUGAAAAGACUAUUUUCUAUGAAAAGUAAAAUGAGAACCAAUCGUUUACUUCUGAGGUUCAUUUGGAAGAGAUGUAGAUUCAAAGGGAUACCAAUUGCGAAGUAGGAAGCCAUUAAGAUCUUCAAACAAGCCUACAGACAGCAAGUGUUGAAAAGAUUGAUUUGGGGUGGAUUAUUCCUUUAAACCUAAUCUGUGUAAAUAUUAUAUCUGUAAUUAAUGCAGUGACACAGACCAUACAACAAAUAUCUUCCAUUGCAGUAUGAUUAUUCAAACAUUUCAUAAUUUUGAAAAAUCAUACUGCAUUACUUUCUGUUAACACUAUCACAAUCCCUAUUGCAGUACAGGUGAAAAAAACUAAAAGGGCUUUUGCACAGAGCAGAUAUUUAAAACUGGUGAAAGGAUCUUCUGUGUUAUUCUCAAACUUACGGACUUGGUUCAGUCGACUGUUCAACCUAAGUUAUCUCUGUUAUCAAUUCAAAUGGUGCUCAGUUUCAUUGCUGCCUAAAAUAACAGAAGAAUAAGCUGGUCACACAAUAAGCUGAAGGUGUUAAACAAAAGCUGUAACCAUUCUCUCUAUAUGCAGAACUAAAGUGAUGUCUGAAUGUUGCUACCUGACUGGUGUUGUAAUGUUGCCUUGUUUCUUCUAAAUAAACCACAUUGUUGGACUUCA